CGACCAUCAAAUUCCUUAUUUCCCCUAACUUGCUUCACAUCUUUCACUCUGACCUCUUCAACCUCUUGACAGCAUGUCCGCUGCAAAGACAUAUGCUCUGUACGACGUCCUCGGCGUCUCCCAGACCGCCUCCCAUGACGAAAUUCGCAAAGCCUACAAGAGAAAGGCGCUCGCCACACACCCAGACCGCGCCCCCCCAGACCAGAAAUCCCAAGCAGAGGAAGCCUUUCGUGCCGUAGCAGCGGCAUACGAGAUCCUUUCUGACAGCGACAAGCGGCGUGAGUACGACCAGCGAGGGGAUCUCCCUUCGCCUACUACUGCGCCGCCUCCUGGCAAUCCGUGGACUCAGAGACCAGGAUCCCGGUCUUCCUUCCCAAGCGCAUCUCAUCGCCAGCAACAAGAUUUCCCCCAAUACUCGUACGACGACGCCCAUCUCCCUCCGUUUGGGACGUUCCGCCAGCCGCAACCGUUCUACAUGUUCGACGACGACCCCUUUAUCCACUCGUUCCCCUUUGGAGACCCGUUCGUCCUCUUUGACCAGAUGUUCAACCAUACACCACAUGCGACGCUCUUCACUGGUCCCUUCGCCCCGCCGCCUUUCUUCCCCCCACGCCCGUUUGGGAGGGGCAUCCCCCGUCCCGUACCUCCCCAAGUGCGGGGCGUCAAACCGGGGCAAGGCGAAUGGUUCUCAGAAAGUUACUCCUCACGCAUCGUCAACGGGCAAGAAGAGAGCACAUAUACGAGGAGAGACGCUCAGGGUAACGUGUGGGAGAUGAGGAGUGACGCGAGAGGUACGAGGUGGCUCGUUAAUGGUGCGCCGUCGGCUGGGCCGCCUAAGGAGCUGGAGGGAGCUGGGCAGGGGCCGAGGAUGGGCAUGGGCAUGGGUGGGAUGAGCGGGGGGAUGGGUGUACCGGGAAUCCCUAGCAUUGGGGGAGGCGUACCUGGUCUGACGGGACGGAGGGUGCCACCGCCGAUCCAAGUACCCAUGCCUGGCCAAAUGCCCCCUAUGCCCCCAAUGUCACAAGGAAUCCCGCAAAGCCAAAUCCCG